UUCUCGAAUUCAGUUUGUCGCGCCAUAUUCUAACGAUCGGUCGGGUUCGGUCCCCAAUAAACUAAUAAACUUGUAAUCGCCUCAGCUUAAAAUACCAUUAAACGGAUAUCCUUGCGGUAAUAAACGCUAAACAGCACGCAAUAGUUUCGGAACCCAAAAGCCAUCAGGUUGCGGCUAAUAAUGCCGCGAUCAAGCUAGGAAUCCCCUCGUCCGAAGUAAUCUUUAGUUGAAUCACUGUGGAUCGUACAGAAUGAGACCCAGAAAGGGUUUACACCUGCUGCUGACGGCCCUGGUGGUCAGUCUAAGUCUCAGUAAAAUAAAUGGUCAAACCACCUGCAAAAAUGGCCUAGGCCGCGUGCUAUACGAAAGAUUGCCCAACCAGCAGCUUCAGGGCUACGAUGACGAUGUGGUGAGGGAUACGGCGCCUCCAUUUCGAGUGCUAGAAAAGUGCCAGGACCUGUGUCUGCGCGAUCGUUCCGGCUCCAACAACCUGGUGCGCACCUGCACCAGCUUUGACUUCCAGCCGGGCAGUAGGAUCACCUCCUUCGGAGGAAACUCCGAGUACGAGGAAUCGCUGUGCUAUUUGACCUCCGAACAGGCGGGUCCCGAGGGAAUUGGAAGCCUAAUGCUGGUGCCCAAUAGUGUGCACUUUAACGAGAUCUGCUUGACCUCCAGCCGCCCGGAGAGGGAGUGCCCCAGUAGAAGGUAUGUCUUCGAGAGGCAUCCCCGCAAGAAACUGAAGCUGCCCAUAAGUGACAUCAAGGAGAUCACCGCGGCCAAUCGUUCGGAUUGUGAGGACAAGUGCCUGAAUGAGUUCUCCUUCGUCUGUCGAUCGGCCAACUUUGACUCCACCAUGAGAUCCUGUACACUGAGCCGAUUUACCCGACGCACUCAUCCCGAACUGAUGGAAGACGAUCCCAACUCCGAUUACCUGGAGAACACCUGUCUAAAUGCCGAGCGGCGUUGCGAUGGCCUGGCCGUUUUCGUCAAGGAGGAGAACAAACGCCUGGGUGGCCCCUUUGAGGUGGACAUAUUCAAUAACAUGACGCUGGAGGAGUGCCAGACCAUGUGCCUGCGGGCCGAGAAAUACUUUUGCCGAUCCGUGGAGUUUGACGACCAGAGCAAACAGUGCAUCCUAUCCGAGGAAGACUCCAUCUCGCAGAAGGAUGACAUUAGCAUCAGCUCCAGUCCCACACACCAUUUCUACGAUCUCGUGUGCCUCGAUAAUCAACGAGCCAACGAUUAUCCAGAUAACUCAGUCACCUCGCACCUCUUCUCCAGCGGCCGGCGGCCAGAUACGGCAUUCCAGCGGUACCGCAACUCCAGGCUGGGCGGCGAGUUUCACUCCGAGAUCACCGGCCGUUCGCUGAGCGAGUGCCUGGAUGAGUGUCUUCGCCAGACGAGCUUCCAGUGCAGGUCUGCCGUGUACAGCGAUCGUUUUCGUACUUGUCGCCUGAGUCGGUACAAUCAAAAGGACGGCAUGCGCAUUAUAUACGAUGCUGAUUAUGAUUACUACGAGAAUCUAAUGUUGAACGUGGUGGGCGGAGGCGCCGAUGGCGAUGGCGGAGGCGGUGGACACGGUGGCAGCAGCGACGGCAAGCGACCCGGGGAUCAGUCGGGCAGCAACUGGAGACAGCCUAAUAAGCACGACGAUCGCUACGGGUCAACGGGUGGGUCAACUGGAGGUGGAUCGACUCACGGUGGGACGGGUUCUGGUGGCUCAAGAUUGCCGCCAGGCGAGGGCGUCGACUAUAACAGGCCGUACGAUCGUUAUCCGGACUUUGCGGGCAAUGAAUAUGAUCGCAAUCCUUAUGGCGGUUCUAGUGGAGAUCGAGAUAGGGAUCGCUAUGCCCCAGAUCGUUAUGGCUCCCGAUAUCCUGGAGGAGCUGGUGGAGAUGGCAUGGGCUAUAACAGACCCUAUGAUCGUUUCCCCGAUGAUUAUGAUCGUUAUCCAGCGGGUGUCAAUGGCGAUAGAGACCGCGAUCGUGAUCGAUAUCCAGUGGCUGGAGAUAGAGAUCGGUAUCCCGGAGCUGGAGAUAGAGAUCGUUAUCCAGGAGCUGGCGAUAGGGAUAGAGAUCGCUAUCCAGCGGAUAGGGAUAGAGAUCGUUAUCCGGACCCUUAUCCGCCGGAGCGUUAUGCGGAUAGAUAUGGAGAUCGACGUUAUCCGGACAGGGAAAGAGAUCGCGAUCGAGACAGGUUGCCCUACCGUCCACUGCCCUAUCCCGGAAUCAAUGACAAUAGUCUGGCCAGCGAUCUGCCCCACACGCGACCCUAUCCCACCGAUGACGAUGCUCCCUUCCGGCCCUAUGGAUACGGAGGAGGUCGCUAUGGAGAGAACAGAUACGACAGUCGUUAUCCUCCUCGCUUUCCUCCUCCUCCCAGCCGCGAACGAGAUCCCGUGGGUGGCUAUACGGGCCGCGAUGCUCCCGACAGCAUCUUCCCCGACAGACGCUACCGACCUUCGUCCAUGGAUGGGCCAAGGUAUCCUUACUUACCCGAUUCCCGGGGACCUCCAGGAAGAUACGAUGAUAUAGUGCAUAGUGCUAGGAGACCCGAACCCGACUCCGCGAAGCGAUAUCCACCGGCGCCAAUUGCUCCGUCGGGAAGUGCCAGCAAGUAUGCCUCCACUCCGAACCGGUUUCCGGUAGGUAACGAUCGUUAUCCCAUUGACAUCUACAAGUACGGCAAUCGACCGGGAGCCAAUGAUCUAGGUCGUCGACCAGGCCUAGAACGUCCGCCCCCUCCCUUCUAUGAUUACGACUACGAAGAGCGGUAUGGAGAUAGGUAUGGACCCUACGAUCGGGAGUACGAUGGUCCGCCGGGCAGAAGGCCGCCCAGUGGUGGCCCCUAUGGACGCUACGACAGUCCCUUUAAUCGUCCCUAUGGAGGUAAUGGCCUAGAUGAUCGUCCCCUUCCCUUGCCUGGUUUAGGACUCUCUCAUCCACCCACUCCCUAUGGAGGAGGAGGCGGAGGAAGCCAUGUGGGUGUGGGCGUGGGUGUCAACUCGGGUCCACCGCGACCUCCGAUCACCCGCUGCGAGGAGAGCGAUAACUUCAAGCAGAUAGCCGCCAGGCACAAGAUGCGUCGCCACUUUGUCCGAAGAGCUCUCAUCGUUCCGAGCCUCAUCCAAUGCGAGCGGGAGUGCAUCGAGAGUCGGGACUUUGUGUGCCGCAGCUUCAACUACAGAGACUCGGCCGCCUCGAGCUACGAGGACAGAGAUAGGGAUCGGGAUCGCGAGUCCCCAAACUGCGAGCUCAGCGACAGAGACUCACGGGAGCUGGACAUCCACGAUCCGGGCACCUUCGACGCCUCCAACUAUGACUUCUAUGAGCGGAGCAUCGGACGCAGUGGCGAUGGCGAGUGCAUGGACGUCACGCAAACGUGUAACGAGGAGGGCAUGGAGUUCACCAUUCGUACGCCGGAGGGCUUCCUGGGACGCAUUUACACCUAUGGAUUCUACGAUCGCUGCUUCUUCCGUGGAAACGGGGGUACAGUAAAUGUACUAAGGCUCAGCGGACCUCAGGGAUAUCCCGACUGUGGAACUCAGCGGUAUGGAGACACUUUGACCAACAUAGUGGUGGUCCAGUUCUCGGACAAUGUGCAGACCAGCAGGGAUAAGCGUUACAAUCUUACCUGCAACUUCCGAGGUCCUGGAGAAGCGGUGGUUAGCUCUGGUUAUAUAGGAGCAGGAUCCGGCAGUCCCAUUCCCAUUGAGUAUCUGCCUGCAGAGAACACCUUGAGCUCCAAGGUGCGGCUGAGUAUCCUCUACCAGGGCAGACCCACUACCACCAUAGCUGUGGGUGAUCCUCUGACCUUCCGUUUGGAGGCACAGGAUGGCUACAACCAUGUGACCGAUAUAUUUGCCACGAAUGUGGUGGCCAGGGAUCCCUACUCCGGACGCAGUAUCCAACUGAUAGAUCGCUUUGGCUGUCCGGUGGAUCCGUUUGUGUUCCCCGAGCUGGACAAACUGCGCGAUGGUGAUACCUUAGAGGCCCGCUUCAAUGCCUUCAAGAUACCGGAGUCCAACUUCCUGGUCUUUGAGGCCACGGUACGCUCUUGUCGCGAAGGAUGCCAGCCUGCUUAUUGUCCUGGACCAGCGGGUCGUCAGGAACCCUCCUUUGGUCGCCGUAGAAGGUCUCUAAACACCACCGAACCUCCAACCGAACCAGAGGCACUGGCUCUGGAGGGCAGCAGCAACCAACUGGAGGCCACCACUCUGGAUGAAGUGACCGUGGUAAACAGCACCACAGUGAGUGCUACUUUGGGUCAGUCGCCAGGAAAUGAUACCCAAACCGGGGAGAAGACCAAGGAGACUGAGGAACCGGAACAAGUGAGGGAAAUGAUAGAGGUCUUUGAAACCCGCGAGGAAAUUGAAAAGGAAUCGUAUCCCAGGAAGCUGGUGGCCCCGGUGGAAACGGUGUGCCUGACUCCGGCCGAGUAUCAUGGCCUAAUCACAGCCAUCAUACUGCUAAUGAUCCUGCUGUUCAGCAUCACCCUGGUGGCCGGUCUAGGAUACAGACGCUACUGGAAAUCCCUCUCCAAGAAUCGCCUGGUGGAUCGCCACUCGCCGAUCCAUUCGCUGGGACACUCCCAUUCCUCCAUACGCACCCAUGAGCGAUUCACCGAGAUCGGAGGAGGAGGUGGCGGUGGAGUAGCAGGUGGAACUGGGGGCGGAGCCAAUCAGAGCGCAUCGAAUCGGGCCUCAAACGCUUUUCGCACCAACAUGUCCAUGUUCGGCGGCUCAUUACACAAGACAUUUGCCACGGGCAAUCUGGCGCGCAUGUGCCAGCUGCCAGUGAUAAAUCCCAUGCGCAGCACCGCCAACCACAGUGGCCACCAGUUCGAGGAUCCCAGCGAGCCCAUCUACACGGAUCCCUCGCUCUUCGAGCGUUCCAGAUCGCUGCGAAGUCUGACCAUGGUGGCCGAGUCGGAAGACAUCCAGGAGGUCUGAGUUACCAACUCCUGUGAUUAGUUGUAAAUAAGCUAAAGGUUCUAAAAGGUUCAAUAUAAAUGCGUGGUCCAUCAUCAAGUAGCCUAAGAACUGCACCGCUGACCAGUAUCCAAAUAUUAUGAUCUUAUGCUAUUUAACAUAGUCUAUCUAAGCCUAACAACAGAGAACACAAUUAUUCGCUAUACCAGCUAAGAUAUGAAAUGCAAUAAAGCCUAAACUUAUCCAUA